AUGGAAACGUACGUGAAGUUGGCUCAGACAUUCGCAGGGAGGGACAAAUUGAUGAGAACGACUGGGUACACACUCGCGCUGAUUUCCAGCACGUUGAAUGGCGACUCGAGUAAGAAGUUGUCCAUCGUUGCAAAGCAGAUCAGUUCUGCGAGGAUCAUAAUGAGACUGUUCGAUGACAUUCCUGGGUUCAACAACACCAAGAAGAUGGGGGCAGAUGUUAGUGGGUUGCAGGAGAGAGAUAAGGUGUGCAGAAUUCUAACCAUCAUCUCAAACAUCUCCACACAAGUCUUCUACCCAUGUGAACAUAUUGCCUGGAUGACUGACCUCGGAGUUUUGGGAAAAUCAUCGAGGAGCUGGUGGGCGGCCAGUACGAGCUGCUGGGCGCUAUCGUUACUGUGUAGUUUUUUAAAGUUUGUGGGAGGUGAUUGA